AACGUACACGGAAGUAACCGGAAGUUACUAUAAUUGUUUUCUCAACAUUGUGCUGUAUACAUGCCACCACGUCACACCCAAUAUGUUGGUUAUUCAUUACAGCACUGUAAUAUGAUCGUUGUUUGGUUUUGUAGGCUUGGUUGAAUGCCGUCAAUGGCGGUGGUAUUCCUUCGGAGUUACCUUUGAACCCUUUUCCUUUCUGUUGGGCACUGUGGGUCCACGUUAGGUGACACCGUGGCGUGCGUGGGUUGCAAAACUCUACAUUUUGGAUUACUUUGUUCGACAUGGCCCACAGCAAAGAGGCCGAAGCGGAACCUCGACUGUUCGCCUUCGCCCGAGUAGCUUCCGCAGUGCUGACACACUUUCUCGCCAUAUCCCUCACUGGCUUCGUCGCUGUUCUGGCUCGACCUGGUACAAGUUGGUUUUCCUGGCAUCCUUUCCUCAUGACACUCGCAUUCUCCUUCUUCAUGACAGAAGCCAUCCUCCUCUUCUCGGCCCACGGCUCCCCCAUGAGGAGGUUUUCCCACAAGGUGAAAGGUCGCGUUCACUGGCUGCUGCAGUGCGCCUGCGUGACGUGCGCCGCGCUCGGCCUGGCAGCCAUCUUUUACAACAAACACUUGCACGGCAAGCCUCACUUCACCUCCUGGCACGGUCUGCUGGGCUUCAUCACGGUGUGUACGGCGGCGGUCCAAUCGCUGGCCGCUGUGCCCCUCAUCUAUCACUCACUGGCUAAAGGCUGGUCUCUGGCCAAGCUCAAGAGGUACCACGCGGCGUCAGGGCUGGUCACCUACCUGCUUGGCAGCGUCAGCCUGCUCCUCGGCCUGACUUCUGUGUGGUUCACUGCGUCUGUCAGCGAUGCCAGUUGGUACCUGGCGGCACUCUGUCCCACUCUCAGUGCACUCAUCAUCAUGAAUCAAGUCACUAGUGCUUAUGUGGCAAAGAAACGCUUCCAGUCCUAAUUGUAAUGAAGUACAAACACAUUACUUUGUUAAUGUGCUUAAGUCGAUUUUUUUCAGAUAUAUCUAAUUUACUUGCGUAUUUAUUUUUAGGAUGGCUUUUUACAUUUGAACACAUCUGUACUUUCUACUCCUUUGUCAAAAUAGGCUGGUUAGUUUUUUGUUUUUUGUUUUUUUUCAACCUUUGUGGAUGACAACGAUGUCAAAAAGACAAUGAAUAGAAAGAAUUAAAGGCAGUUGUAGUUGA